GCCAGGGCCUUGGCUCGCAUGGCACGGAGAUGGCGCAAAGCAGUGCUCCGUCCUUCUCCUCCCGUAGGUGCACCCUCUCUCAGGAGGACCAGGGCACCAGCUGGAAAGGGCCAGCACACUGCAGCUGUAGCACUGGAGAAAACGAGCGCUUGGUCUUCAGCCCUGCUUACCGCCUGGCAAUGGCCGUGCUCUCCCUCCAGAGAAGCCUCAGCACAGGCAUCUCCACCCUGAAAGACAUCAUCACCCUGAAAAAGGGGAGGCUCUUCACGAUCCUCUUCUGGAUGAGCCUAGCUGCUCUCGCUGGUGCCUACUGCGGGAUCUCGCUGCUCAUGUGGAUGCUGCGGGCAAAGAAUGUGCCACAGGUGCUGCUGGGGCAGCCUGCAGCCAACCUGAGGUCCCUGCGGAACACGCUCGCUCUGUGGGGGGAACAAUCACAACAGAUGCAACAGCUGAGGGAUGAGGUGGCACGCCUGGCUGCAGAGAUCGGCACUAUGAAGAAGGAAGUUCAGCAAAUGAGAGAGGCAGUGUCUGCAACCACACAGAUGUCUGAUUGGGCUCUGAAAAGUGCAGGGGCUGCCAUCGACCUGCACAGAUCAUCCAGCAGCUCUGCAUGGCUCUGCAGGGUGUUUUGGUUCCUGUGUGCUCCACACGUUCUGGAUACCUUUGUGCAGCCGGAUGCUUCCCCGGGAUAUUGCUGGCCUUUCCAAGGGUCUCGGAGUGAGGUGCUAAUCCGGUUGCCUGCACAAGUACGACCAACGGCCGUCACCAUACAGCACACCUCCAAGAUAGCCUCUCCGCUGGGGACUGUCAGUAGCGCCCCCCGAGAUUUCACGGUCUCUGGACUGGAUGAGGAAGGCGAGGAUGAAACUCUGCUGGGGACAUUCACCUACGCCGUGCACAAAGAGCCCACCCAGACCUUCCCUCUGCAGAAUGGGAACCCCAGAGCCUUUCGGUUUUUGAAACUUGGCAUACAGAGCAACUGGGGAAAACCAGGAUACACCUGCAUUUAUCGCGUGCAGGUGCAUGGGAAGAUCGUGGGAUCGAGUGCCAUCAGCCAGACACGUGUGGAGACCCUCCCUCACUAA